GAUUAGAUGUAAACCCUAACCCUAACCUCCUCUGAUACCAUGUUACUAACCUUGAUUAGGCGAGAUAAUCACCCCCACGGGUACUGUAGCAUAUAUAUAUAGGCAUAUAGGCAGACAAUAUGGGCCUUAUGGGCCUUAACAGGAUCCACUCAUCAUUCUUUUUAUCAUUUUCUUCCUCAUAGAGGAACAUGACAAUAUUUCAGCAACAAAAGACGGGAGCAACCAAGAAAAAUAUGCCGUAAUGGAGGGCUCACUGAGGGGUGCCUAAGAGGGGCUUGUUGGAUGAGGCUAGUGAGGGAAGCCAAUGGGAACCUCCUCAUCGGAGGAGGCAAAGCCAUCGUGAGAAGCCUUUCUAUGGGAGGAGGAGAAAAGUAGCCAUCAAGAGAGAGGUGCUGUCAGGAAGGGACUCGUUGGUUGAGGAAAAUCGAGAGAAGCCUAACCGAAGGAGUGGAUGUUGUCCAAACAAAGCUCAUUGGAGGAGAGAACUCAUUAGGAAGAAACAUUUAUGUCGCAGAUCCAUUAGGAGGGGUGUGCCAUUAGGAGUAGGGCACGAGAGAGCCAUGUCUUUUCUAGAGUGGGGAGAUUUGUCAACAGGGUCGUCAUCGAGGGUGGGUAGUGCAUCAUGGAGGAGUGAUAGUUGAUGGUAGGAAUAUUUGGACGAGUGGGUACAGAGAGCCCAUGGCAAAAGGUGGGAACUAUCAUAACUACAGGGUGAUGACUUAGGAGGAUCCUCUUGGAAUGAGAGGGGAGGUUGAUUUGAGUUGCCUCUUAAACUUGAUGGCCCUAGUAGAAAACCUGUUGAACCUAAUUCUUUUGGAUUAGGUCCUUAAAUUUGAUUUUGAUUGUUGAAGUAGAAGUCUUGCUGGAGUUGCUCUUAAAACUACCAUAGGUGACUUGGAUCUAGUAAUGAUAUUAUGACUACUGGUGCAAUUUAAACCUAUGGAAAAACUUAUUCAUUAUUCGAGACUAUAGUCAUGGACUAAACAAUUUAGUUGUUAGGUUAGUCCCAAAGAAGGAUUUAUGACACUGUUUUCUUCUAAGACUCUUCAAUGUUGAAAUUAGUGCAUAUAAGUUUUAUCCAUAUCAAACCUAUUUCAUGUCAAGAAACUUUCAUCUUAUCUAAUUUUAUCAAUAUUAUGCCACAUCAACUUAUUUAAUGUGUAAAACUAUUAUAAACUUUAUAUUAAGACUGGACUUAGCGAUACUUUUUAUUAGUAGAUGUAUUUUUUAAAGACGGAGUGUGUUGGACGCAUGGGAGAGAACAUUGUUGGUACAUGGUAGUAGUGAAGCUAUCACAAACACACAGACCCAGCCAACCCCAACCCUUUUAGGCCUAGUUUGGAUACUCUAGAUUGGAGUGUUUUGGAGGUAUUAGAGUGUGUUUAAAUCCCUAAUAAAUCAAAUCUUUUCUUAAUACAUCUCAAUCCACUCCAAUCACACUCAUUCCUAGGUAUCCAAACUAGGCUUGAUCUGACCACCUAAAGUUUUUAGACCUUAUUCGUUUGUUGAGUAAUGGACUAGGAAUUAUUUUAGCUAAUCAAAACUUAUACAAAUUAAAGAAACAAAUAGGCUAUAAAUUGUUCCAUGUCAACGAACGCCCCUUAGCCAAACUAGGCACAAAACCGGAAAACAGAGGAAGAAAAAGCUCAAAGAGGCAGAAUUCCUACUGCCACACCACAUCUCCGAUGGUUGAUUUGAGAGCAGCAGCUCUCGUUUGCCAGCAUGCGGAUCCGGACAGCCUCACGGCGUGCACCGCCGUGGUCGUCCUCCUAACCAAGUCGCUAUCUAGUUCCUGACGUUCGUCAGGUGCUCAGACGACCAUGGCCAGCGUCGUCGGCGAGGCGCCGCUGCUCAGCGGCGGCGGGAAGGCGGCCGUAUGGCGCGAGCGCUGCCCUGUGUGCAGGGCUGCAGGCAGGAGAGGAAGGUGCAGCACUGCCGGUCCAGUCACUGUUCCCUUAUCUAUACUUCAUGGGACUUGAAAGUGGCGAAAGAGGAGCAAGACAUUGGGUUUUAUGCUGGUUUUGUUGGGGCUACCUAUUUCCUUGGAAGGGCCAUCAGCGCCGUGCCAUGGGGCAUGUUCGCUGACAAGUAUGGAAGGAAGCCAUGCAUUGUGAUCAGCAUCCUCUCAGUGAUUGUGUUCAACACACUGUUUGGACUUAGCACAACUUACUGGAUGGCAAUUGUGACUAGGGGAUUACUUGGGUUGCUAUGUGGCAUACUUGGACCCAUCAAGGCCUAUGCUUCAGAAGUCUGCAGGAAAGAGCACCAAGCUCUGGGAAUCUCUCUUGUUACAUCUUCACGAGCCAUAGCUCUUGUUAUUGGGCCUGCUAUUGGAGGCUUCCUUGCACAGCCUGCACAGAAGUACCCAAAUCUUUUCUCUGAAGAGUCCAUAUUUGGAAGGUUUCCAUACUUCCUUCCUUGCUUUGUAAUAUCGUUGCUAGCAGCAGGAUCAUGUAUUGCAUGCAUUUGGCUUCCGGAAACGCUACACUUUCAUGGUGAUGACAAAGUAGAAGCUAUUGAAGAACUGGAGGCACAAGUUCGUGGCUCCGAAUCUACAAAAGAUCUGCAUAAGAAUUGGCAAUUGAUGUCAGCAAUAAUCCUCUACUGUGUCUUUUCUAUGCAUGACACAGCUUAUCUUGAGGUAUUUUCACUGUGGGCUGUGAGCAGUAGAAAAUUUCGGGGGCUUAGUUUGACAUCCCAGGAUGUUGGUACUGUGCUAGCCAUCUCAGGUUUUGGUGUACUUGUAUACCAACUCGCUAUUUAUCCUUUUCUUGCGAAGUAUUUUGGACCAAUCAAGACAUUUCGGCCUGCCGCGAUCCUGUCGAUCAUUCUCCUCACUACGUACCCCUUCAUGGCCAAUUUACAUGGCCUGGAGCUUAAAAUACUCAUCAACAUUGCAUCUGUUUUGAAGAACAUGUUUGCGGCUACCAUCACUAUUGCCUGCAACAUCCUACAGAACACUGCAGUGACGCAAGAGCAGAGAGGCGUUGCUAAUGGCAUCUCUGUUACCCUGAUGUCCGUGUUCAAAUCUGUAGCUCCAGCAGCAGCAGGAAUUCUGUUCUCGUGGGCUCAGAAGCACAUCAGCGGACUGUUCUUACCAGGGGAUCAGAUCUUGUUCCUAGCGAUAAACAUGGUGUCGGUGAUUGGCCUGGUGCUGACGUUCAAGCCAUUUUUCUCCCUACCGAAUCCAACGAGGCAUUCAUAAAUCUGUGUAGAUGAAGCCCGUUCCUGUGAAUUGUAUCGAUGCACUGCCUGAUUACAGUUGGGUUUCAAACUGCAAGAAUUCAUGACUUCAUGUAUUGUUGUGUGGUCCAUACUUUUAGUCUUAUGAUGAUGAAUUAGGUAAUAUAAUAAUAAUAUAUGAAGGGUUUGAGCUCUUUCGUAGACACCAAAGGUCUAGAUGUUUUGUUGGUUUUACAAAUUGGAGCGAAAGUGACUCUAGCUGAAUUGGUUAGAUGAUCUGAGUACCACUUCUCAGGUAUAAAUUGAAAAAUGAGAUCUUAGCUUGCCA